GAGUGCUGAUAAUCAAAGGGAAAAGGAGAACUGGUCACAUAAAGGAUGCAGGAUCAGGGCCCUAAAUAUUACUGCUUGGGUUCCUAAGAUUUUAUUUGAAAGUUUAUAAGGCAUUCGUCCAACUUGGCGCAUAAAGGAAUCUGAGUGAAAAUGAGAAAGUGAUGUCUGGAGAGGGCAAUGCACCGGUCGAAAAAAAACUGAUGGAUCUUAGCUGCUUCUUCAUUAGUAGAAAAAAAAGAGACUUUCUGGGAAGUGAAGGUGGACACAGCAUGUAUCUUGAUCUUGGUGAUACUGCAUGAAGAGGUGACCUCUUGGAUUCCAGCUCCUAAAAGACUCGCCUUUGAGAAAAAGACCAUGGCAGGCCCCAAACAAGGAAACCAAACAUAUGUCACAGAAUUUGUCUUCCUGGGAUUUGGUGAACUCCAUGACCUCCAGACCCUUCUCUUCCCACUCUUCCUCGUGAUCUACAUUUUGACCUUGGUAGGAAACAUUGUCAUUCUUGCCCUAGUUGUCACUGAGCACCGCCUUCACACCCCCAUGUACUUCUUCCUGGGGAAUUUAUCCUUCUUGGAGAUCUGCUACACCUCUACCAUCCUGCCCAGGAUGUUGGCUAGUUUGCUUAACAAAGAAAAUGGGAUUUCAUUAAGUGGUUGCUUCUUUCAGUUUUAUGCUUUCGGUUCCUUUGCAUGUUCCGAGUGUUAUCUCUUAUCUGCCAUGUCCUAUGAUCGGUUCUUAGCAAUAUGCAAACCACUGCAUUAUGGAGGCUUGAUGAACAACAAGUUCUGUAUCCAGCUAGCAGCAUGGACUUGGGUAAGUGGAUUUGUGGCGAAUGCUUUUACAUCAUUCUUGGCAUCACAGCUGACUUUCUGUGGGUCCAACAAAAUUGACCAUUUCUUCUGUGAUUACACACCAUUGCUAGUGCUGUCCUGCAGUGACACCCACACAACAGAAACAGUUAUGUCCAUCAUUGCCACUGUGUGCACGGUGCCUCCCUUUCUGCUCACCGUGACAUCCUAUAUUUGUAUCAUUGCCACCAUCCUGAAAAUCCCUUCUACCACCGGGAGGAAAAAAGCUUUUUCUACCUGCUCCUCACACCUUGUUGUGGUUACAAUAUUCUAUGGGGCUUUGAUGACUGUCUAUCUGUUACCUAAAAAUGAUGUAUUAAAAGAUGUAAACAAGUUGCUCUCUAUUUUUUACACUGUCUUGACCCCUUUGUUAAAUCCCCUUAUAUACAGCCUGAGAAAUAAGGAUUUUAGGGCAGCCCUGAGUAACUCAGUCAGUAAACGUGUGCCUUUACUGAGAAUUCAAAGAAUCCAAACUCUUUUUUAAUACUGAAACAGAAGCAACAAAUAAAUAAA